UUCAAGGCGCAAGUGCAGAACAAGCCGAGCGAGUAUACAAGGGUCCUGAGACCACCACCCCGGUUCCAUUCCGCGCUGACCCAUCUCCGAAGCAGGACGAAGCGUGGAUAGACCUACCUAGAGCUCAAGAGAAGCAGGAUGCUGUUGGCGUUUCUGUCGGUGCUGAUAUGCACUUCACAAGUGCUAGGAGGCGAGAGUCUCCUGCCGGAUUUACCCCCCGGGGAAGCUCCAGAGCCGAUCCUGACCUUCAUGGAGCGCACCUACAAGUCCAGCCGCGCCAAGUCAGGCUUCGAUGCUGGAACGCCGCUGCUCCUCACGCCUUACAUAGAGCAAAACAAGCUAGAAGAAGCUAGGAAGGCCGCUAAAGUCGACUCUGAUUAUUUACUGCCAGAUAUGGACAGCUAUGCUGGGUAUUUGACUGUCAACAAAGAAUACAAUGCCAACCUCUGGUUCUGGUACUUCCCAGUGCAGGACAAGCCUUUGGAAGACACCCCGUGGAUCAUAUGGCUCCAGGGUGGACCGGGGGCUUCUUCUUUAUACGGGCUGUUCACCGAAAUAGGGCCGUUCUUCGUGAACGACGACCAUAACUUGGAAGAACUCAAAUACUCAUGGGGUAAAAACCAUUCUCUCCUAUUCAUUGACAACCCUGUCGGCACGGGCUUCAGUUUCACGGACGACGAUCGUGGGUACGCGACAAAUCAGACUACAAUUGGAGAGAACUUAUACUCAGCCUUACAGCAGUUCUUGACGCUAUUCCCGGAACUCAGGAAGGCCCCGCUCACGAUAGCCGGGGAGUCGUAUGCUGGGAAGCACAUCCCAUCGCUGGGCGUUCAGAUCCACUGGCACAGGGAAGAGAAUGAGCCCAUCAACCUUUAUGGCAUGGCGAUCGGCAACGGCUUCAUCGACCCACAAACGCUGCAGAGGUACAGCCACUUCGUACGCGAGGCAGGUCUAGUAGACGACCGGGUCGCCGACUUCAUGGCGCAGUUCGAGUCGGCCGUCGUGCAGUUCAUCAGCGAUGGAGAGAUGCUCAAGGCGUAUGCUUACUACAACUACCUCCUGCAGCUGUUCUCGACGGAGUCGCACCUACACAACUUGUACAACUUCCUUCAAGACGACAUCAGCCUGGACGGCGCUUACACAGAGUAUCUUCAAAGAUCGGAGGUGCGACGAGCACUGCACGUGGGAAAUACCAACUUUACGUCGAUAGGCGUGGUGUAUAGAAAGCUGGUGCCAGACUUCAUGGGCAGCGCGAAGAUGUGGCUGGAAGAACUGCUAGACAACUACAGGGUUAUGCUGUACAACGGACAUUUAGACAUAAUCGUGGCCUACCACCCCUCAGUGAACACGUACAAAUCUCUAGCGUUCUCAGGAUCGGCGCAGUUCGGCAAGGCGGCACGGAAGCCAUGGUACCAUAAUGAAAGGCUAGCUGGUUACUACAAGACAGCUGGUAACCUCACAGAAGUUAUGAUUCGCGGAGCAGGGCACAUGGUGCCUGCAGACCAGCCGGCCGCAGCCCUAGGCCUGAUCUCGGCCUUCGUCCAAGGGAAGACCCUCGACGAAGACACCGGCCCACUCGCUGAAGUGGAAAAAAAAGCGCUUCGGCAACGACAGCUGCCUCUGCGAUAGUCUUAAGUCUUAUUUUUACAGCCUUGUCGAUAAACAGGCUUUAAAUUAUUCUUAUUAGGUACACCUGGUAGGAAGUUGUUUUCGGAAGAAUUUACUUAAGUAGACUAGAGUCCGAAAAAUCGAGAAAGUUCCGUCAAAUCCCGACCAUCUGGCAACCUUAUUUGAGAAUACGACAUAUCAUUUUUGAUCCUUUUAAGUUAAGUACUUGUACAGUUUUGUCUCCGAAACAAGGAAAAUUAAUGGCAUUUACGAAAUAGGAUGUGCAAUUUAAUUAACGAUUGGAUCAAAUGUCUUUGGUCAAUCAGUUUAAUUAGAAAUAGGGCAAAUAGAUAAGAAUAAAUAGGAAUAAUUUAAGAGAAGAAAUUGAUCUUUUAAGUGAUUGUGAAUUAAGUUCGAUGAAAACAUUCUCAUUUGAGAUUAUUGACACUUCCGAUUAUGUGCAUUAAUUAAUUAAUUAAGUUAAUCGCGCCUAAAUGUCAUUAAGAUAUACAUAAUGUGUUUUUGCUUGAUGUGCCACCACAGUCGUUUGUACAUUUAUAAAUUAAACAAAAUAAAUUAAGA